UCUGCGCCCCCCACUCUCUCCCACUCCCUCUAUUAUCUCUCCACCUUUUCAAACACCACUUCUUCAUUACAUACAUACUUAGUCUAACUGUCAUGCUACUUUUGUCACCUUUUGUCUUCUCAAAUCAUUCACUUUCACUACUUAUAACCAUUCCAAUAAUACUAUCAUGUAAGCCAAAUUUUCAGUCUCAUCUUUGUUUAUUCUCAUCCAAAGGGCUUGUAUAUAGCCAACUCUACCGGCUUUACUAGCUCCAAAGCAAAGAGAACCCCAAGAAUUUCUCUGAGAUUUUAGACAUGUUUGACAUCUUGUUCGGGUGGCGAAAAGCUUCAAAAUGCAAGAAACUGAUUAAACGAGUUCAGUGCCGGCUAAAGGGUCUGAAGAAUAAGAGGAAUUCAAUUGUGAGGCAAAUACGUGGAGACGUGGCUCAACUGAUCAAAACUGGGCAUGAACAAAUUGCCUUCACCCGGGUUGAGCAGCUCAUUAAAGAUGAAAGCAUAGUGGCAUUGUAUGAAUUGUUGGACCAUUUCUGUGAAUCAAUCCUCGUAAAUCUUUCUUAUAUCCGAAAACACAAGGACCGUCCGAAUGAUAUUAAUGAAGCAGUUUCAAGUCUUAUAUAUGCCUCUGCAAGAUGUGGGGAUCUACCUGAGCUUCUGGUGAUCCGGAAACUCUUUGGAGAGCGGUAUGGUCAGAAAUUUGCAUUGACUGCUGUUGAACUACUUCCUGGGAAUCUUGUGAAUCGUGAGAUAAUAGAGAAACUCUCCCAAAAGUCCGUACCAGAAGAUGUAAAGCAUAGAUUGAUCGAUGAAAUAGCUAGGGAUUACAACCUAAAACCAGAGGUUUUAGCACUUGAAUACUAUCCUGAAUGGAAACAAGAGCAGGUGAAAGAAAAUAGUGGACAUCAAGUAUUGGAUACAGAUGUUAAAGCUUAUUGUGAUGCAACCAACGGAUCUGAAAUGCAAGCUUCAAGUGUUGAAGAGAUAGAAAGAAAAGUCAUAUAUGUUGAUUCAUUAUCAACGAGCAAUAAAAUUUUGACAGAACCGUGCAACUCUCUCAGUCACCAAGAUUCUGAUAUGAGUAUUGCUUUUACUAGUUCCAUUGUUCACUCUGCAAACUCCUCUAUUGUUCAUCAAUCAUCCUCAGGUGUAGUGGAAUCUUCUGUGAAUAACAAAGCACAUGUAGUAGAAAUUUCCAAACUGAAUUCUCCAUACAAAUACAAAAUUUCUGGUUUGGAGCAUGAGGAAGUGAGGAAGACUCGAGCAUCUUCUUCAGAAAGUUUGCCUCAGUUUCCUGAGGAAACAGUAGUUUAUCUUGAUGACAUAGAUGAGUUUCAGUCUUUGACUAAAAACAAUAGAGCUUUCCCAGACCAAAGAAUAUUUAAGUUCAAAUCAUCUGUCCUGCCUAAGAGUGAAAAAAUUGAGGGCAGUGGUGAUGAAAGUAAUAUGAAUCAUUAUGAAUCAUGGAGUGAGAAGUCUGGCUCAAGGAGCUCUAGAAAGAGAGGGAAGGCAUCAGGGAAAAGAUUGAGGAGGAGAUCAAUGUCAUGGGAAAGUCAAAGUGUUAAAGAUAUUGAUUGUCUCUUAUAUUAUGGCAAUCUGCGCAAGAGUUCUCCAACUCAUCACCAAAUGAAGCAUCAUAAGCAGAAUCCUGGAGUAGGAAGGCAACAAUCAUAUUAUUCUCAGAAGAGAUUCAAGAAACCUUGUUGUUUGGAUUUAGGAAGUGACUUCGAGUCGUGUAACUGCAGCCUGAGACACCCAAUUUUUUAUUUUUGUACCUAUGAUGAUGAAGAGAACGGGGAAGUUUUGCCGUGGAAGCCAAAGAGAGGGAGUACAACUUUGGUAAGCUUCCCAACUCAUGGUCCUGAACAAGAGCUUGUGUGUAAUGAAUGCUACCAUCACCACUGGUCCUGGAAUAGAGAGCUAGAUAAGGAAAUGGAACGGAAUACCUUCACCAAGAAACCUAGGAGAAGAAGAAUUUAUGACAGUGGUGCUGCUGUGUAUGAUGUUUUCACCUACCCAGAUUUCCAGCCUAAUAAGCAGAACGAGGAAAUGAAAGGCAAAGCAGACAGGUCUUAUUCACCAAGCAGCUGUGUUUCUUCCAACAUUUCCAGUCAAAGGGUGACUAGUUCUUUUACAAGAAAAGUAACUCUGCCCCCUUACUUCAGAGCUGAGACAAUGCCCCCAGAACGGCUUAAAGAAGCUUGCAAUGAAACUAUACUAAGGUCCAAUUCUUGCCCUUUCCAACAUCCCAAUCAUGUUCAUCCCAAAUUGCCUAACUGUGAUGAUAUAGAAGCUAAAUUCAGGGCUCUUAAGAAAGAGCUUGUACAAAAUAAGGGCUGUGGCAGAAACAAACAACUCGUGUAACAUACAAAGCUAUCUGCAUUUUAUAGCACUAGGCACUAGCUCCUGUGACAUUUCUGGUUAUCUGUUUGAAAAGCUCCUCAUUGAAUUUUCUCAUGUAACAUGUUUUCAUUACUACCUUUUAUAGUUAUUUGUUAAUUGUGGUUAGCAUGUAUAUACAAUUUGGAAAUAGUACAAAGUUGUCCUUGAUUAGUA